AUGCCCCCCUCCUCCUCCUCGAACCCGCCCGAACCAGCGACAAAGCCCACGGAGCACAACCAGGUGGUCGCCGACCCCCUCGCGCACUUCAACGCGAUCCCCUGGUGCGCAGCGCUCCUCUCAGACCCGGCCAUCCUCGAAAUCGGCGUGCCGGACCGCCGGCCGCUGCCCAACGGCGACUCCAGCCUCAUCCGCAAGACCAUGAACGGUCCCACAACAGCCCGCGCCUGCGUGACAUUCUAUCAACUCGUCAAGCCCACGAAGCCCAGAUCCCCCUCAUCCUCAUCCCCCUCCCCUUCACCCUCCUCCGGCGAAGCGUCUCCCGCCGGGUCCUCGGCCCCAUCGGACAGCAGCAACAAGAAAAGUAGCCGUAGCAGCAGCAAAGCGGGCCCUACCAACGAGAAAAACGCACUGUCCGCAUCAGAAGCCCUCCUCGGCGGCGGCGGCAAAGAAAACGGCGAGAACCCGCGGAAUCCCUUCGUGCUGUUCAACGCCCUCGUCGACCUGGGAGAAGACUGCCAGAGCUACCCGGGCGUCAUGCACGGCGGCAUGCACGGGCUGCUCAUGGACGAGGUCAUGGGGACGGCCGCGAAUGCCCAGACUACAAACGGCGCGUACACAGCCCGUUUUACAACGCACUACCACCGCGCGAUCCGGCUGCCGCAGAUCCUGCUGAUCCGCGGGCGCGUGGUGCGCAAGGAGGGCCGGAAGAUGUACGUCAGGGGCACGUUGGAAGAUAAGGACGGAAACAUCAUGGCCGAAGGCGAGGGGAUCUGGCUCGCCAUUGAACGGAAGUCUGGCCAGAGCAAGCUGUGA